AAAAUCAAUCCAAAGCCAAAAGUGUUGUUUCAUAAGAAUCGGCGGCAGACUCCAUCUCCAUUUUGGCAGAUUGGAAUCCUGCAACAGACGAGCAGCAAAGCAUCCGUCUUCAAUACCAGCAACGUCUCGGCGCUUCCGCUACAAGCGGCACCAGCGAUCCCCUUCGAUCAAUUUGAUGCAGCAGUCGUUCUCCUCUCAUCUUCAUGAUUUUUCUUCUGUUCCAAAUUCAAAAAAGUUUAGGCGUUUAGCCCAUUUACUAAAAUCGUUCGUCCCUGCCACCCUCCUGGAUCUCGAUCUCUCGGAUUGUCUCAUUUCUCUCACGCUUCCAGUCUCGCCGUCCUCUGGUUCAUCACCGUCGCCGUUAUAGGUGUGGAGCAUCGGGUUCUUCUUCUCUCCGUCCGCCUCUGCUUGUGCUUCUUGCAUCCGUUCGAUUGUAACCGGGUCAGUCGGGGGGUGACCCAGUUCGAUUGCCGGGUCGGUUCUGAUUUGAGAUUUGAAAGCAGAAGAUGGAUAAGACGAAGAUUGAGGAGGUGAUAGAGAAGCAAGUGCUGACGGUGGUGCAGGCCGUUGAGGACAAGAUCGACGAUGAGAUCGCCGCCCUCGACCGCCUAGACGCUGAUGACCUAGAAGCCCUGAGAGAGCGCCGCCUCCAACAGAUGAAGAAGAUGGCCGAGAAGCGGAGCCGUUGGAUCUCCCUCGGACACGGCGAAUACACCGAGAUCCCUUCCGAAAAGGACUUCUUCUCCGUCGUCAAGGCCAGCGAGCGCGUCGUCUGCCAUUUCUACCGCGAAAACUGGCCCUGCAAGGUGGUUGAUAAACAUUUGAGUAUAUUGGCAAAGCAGCAUAUCGAGACUCGUUUUGUGAAAAUUAAUGCUGAAAAGAGUCCUUUUUUGGCUGAGAAGCUCAAGAUCAUUGUUCUUCCAACUCUUGCCCUCAUUAAGAAUGCCAAAGUGGAUGACUAUGUGGUGGGAUUCGAUGAACUUGGUGGGACUGAUGAAUUUAGCACAGAGGAUUUGGAAGAGAGAUUGGCUAAAGCUCAAGUAAUCUUUUUUGAGGGUGAAUCUUCAUCAAGGUCAAGUGCGCAAACUAAAAGAAGUGUUCGGCAGAGCUCAACAGCAGACUCAUCGGAUUCCGAAUGAGUUGUAUUUCCUGUUGGCUGAAUUUUAUGGUGGCUUUGUUGUGGUGUCUAAAUUGCUUAACUUAUCUUUUAAAGUAAAAAGUAAAUCAUUUAAAAUUUAUUAAAUAUUAUUUAUUUACUUUUUCUAGUAACUUAGGUACAAUGUAAUAGGCAUCAUAGCAUUUACCUCCUGUUGAGUUCACUCAGCUUGGUGUGUCUAUGCCUGCAUGAGUUCAGCAUGAUUCUAGAUGCUGUUCUAGAUGUAGAACUCAGAAGCUUGUGCUCUGUUGAGAACAUACUUUGCUGCAAUUUUGUUGAGAUAAUUCGAAUUGUACUAAUGAUGCUAAUCCUAUCCUAUCUUGUAUUUUCCAACCUAUCCUAUAUAUAUAUAUUGAAUUA